AUGAGACCAGAGCUCAGGAGCAAGCGCUGUUGGAAAACCUGGAAAACGCAGAGGAGCCCCCUGUGCCCCCCCAAACGCUCGUCCUGGGACCUGUGGGUGCAGUCGCAGGAGCUCCGGGACAAGCUGGUCCAAGCCUGGGAGUGGCUCCGGAAGGCUCACCGGAGGCAGGUCGAGGACCAUCUCUGCCUGCAGAAGGACCGGAUGGUUGCUCUCCAGGAGGUGCAAAGAUGGCAAAAAUCCCUCCUGGAUCAGCAGGAUGAACAGAUCCACCAGCUGGAGAUGGAGCGAUGCCGACUCCACAAUGACACCCAGGAGCCCAAAGACAACAUCCCCGUGUUCUGCCGCGUGAGGCCCGUGCUGCCGGAGGAGUCGGAGCGGCAGCGGGGGCUGCAGCACCUGCACUUCUCCCCGCAGAACUCCACAACACUCAUUGUCACCCAGCCCGACGAGGUGAAAGACCGCGUGAUCGGCACCCCCAAGCCCAACCGGAAUUGAGAUCAAGCCCCACCCUUCGCUCCACCCUUCGCUCCGCUCUUAUCUUGUUUUUAAAAACAAAAGAAUUAAUAAAGAUUUGCGUGUGCUCAGCGCUGAUUGGCUGCCGCUGUCACGUGUCUUGCCCAAAAUGGCCGCGCUUUGUUCCCCCUUAAGGAGAAUCCCGCUU